AAAGGCUUAUAAUAUUUUCAGUUUUAGCCCAACGCUUAUGUGUAUUUUUUUCUAGCACACGCAAAAUAUUCACGGGACUUGGCGGCGGGUGAGACGCGUGCACGGCCGACAAAGACAAAGGAGGCAGGAUUAGCAGGAUGAAUAAAGCACCUUGUGUGCCAUCUCCUUAUCAAUGGACAGGUGUGCCGGAUCGAGAGAGCCGCCUCUGGGUAGGGGCAGCGCAGACACACAGCUGCGGCCUCGCGAGGGGAUCCAGGGGGCGGACCGCACGACCGCAGACGGACAGACACACAAACGAUACGAAAAAGGAUCAGAGACCAAACGUCAGCACGAUGGAGGCCGGUGACAACAAUCUCUGCGAGAUCCUGGACUUGACAAAGAGGCAAGUCAAAUUCGUCCAUCGAGACAGAAUCUACCAGAAAGAAAAUCCUCUCGAGAGGGUGAAAACCCUGAAGACUGGGUGUCAGGUCCAGGUUUGGACAGGAGACUACUACGCUGAACCAUCUGGAACGUUCAAAAAGGACAUGUACGACGCCAUGAUAGUCAAAGUGCCGGCUAAUAAUUUGAUUGAACCUGAACCGCCUGUGCCCACGGAGGUCAUGGCGCAUGGACAUGGAGAAAGUGCUGCAGCUGGCCCCUCCAUGAUGUUUGAGCAGAGAGACUCCGAGGCUGGCCACUCAGAAACUAAUCACCUAACGAGGGACAGCUCGUCAGACGACUCGUCAAUUGACUUGGAGGCGGCGUGCAGCUCAAAGGACCCAGAAUUUUUGCGCCUGCAAUUCCAAGAGACCCUGAAAUUCACAGUGCCCCACCUGGUAAAAAAACUGACUCCAGAGCGACCUGGACCACUGGCUCGUCGUCCUCAAGAGCCUGCUACUGACCCAUGGGAACAGCCAACCACUUCUCGUCAGGCUACAACGGCCAACCAUGGCGGAGAAGCUUGGUUAGUGGGUCAGGAGCCACAAAAUGAGGACGUCGAGCAGCGCGAUCGUGCCUCAGCUUCCAAGAAACCUGGAGAUGACCUUGAUGAAUUUGCUGGUCCCUCCUCUCUGGCUGACGGCCAAGGAUCUAGUUCUUCAACCGACUCUGAUGAAGAUGAAACUCCACUGCAGCUACAUGCCAGAGAAACGCGGUCUCUGUCAUCACUCACUGCCUCUGGCCCUGCCACAGCUACUGGCCCAAAACCACUGAAUGAGAAACAGACUCUCCUGCCUAAUGGCCGUCUCCAACUAAGUGACAGGAAGGAGGCACUGCUUGCGGCAGGCAUCCAGAAUACCUCAUGCAUGCUGAGAGGACUAAGCAGGGCCAGAUUUGGACGUAAAAUACUCCGUGAGGCGACCCUGUCAGGAAGGAGAAAGGAAAAAGAAAUUUGCAAGAAAUUGAGCAAAAUUGACGUUGAUGCUAUUAUUGCUGAAGCCAACGACUGGGCUCGCAACAACGGCAAACUCGUACUGACAGAUCAACAAGCUCGAGAUGUCAUCAAAAGACUGUGCUAUAAUGAGCAUCAUGAUUCUGAACAGACAAAGGCUAGCAAGCAAGGAAAAGCUUCAGCCUCCAAGGGCAAGUGCCCAGUGGAAAAGCUCCUGUCUUUUACCAAUUCUUGGGAAGACGGGUUCAGUGAUUAUGAGGGAGACCCAGAGCUGGUGCGUGUGGACGACUGAGGACAUCUGAUGAGCUGAUUAAGUAAUAUUUGGUUCAGACUGCUGUGAAAAGGGGCAAUUCUUUCUAAUCAUGAUCUCUAUUUUAAUACCAAAACAGUUCUAUAUUCCUGUGUGUCAUUUAAAUAAUAUUGUGUUGCUUAAAUACCACAUUGAUGUUUUAGAUGUUUUUUAAAGCUAUGGGAAUCUGUUGAUUUUGGGUAUCCUCUUUUAUAAUUACUUUAACUAAAAUGACAUGUAAAUGACCGGAAAAGUUGAAUAUAAUUUUAAAUCUAGAUUUUAUUAUUGUUAACAUGAUUUUUCUUAAGAUAUAAUUAAAUCUCUAACUCUAAAGAUGUCAGUCCAAGUCGGUCCAAGUCUACUCUAUGUACUAAAGAAAAAUUUCUGAAAUUGCAAGAAUAAAACGUAUUGAUUAUG